UCGAUUGGCUCUGGGCGGAAGUUGGCCACGCCCUUCUCGCACGCUGGAGGUGGGACCGGGCGGGGCCUUCGCCGUGGCGUCGGCUGGGCCGCUUCGCCAUUGGCUGGCAGGACACCUCCCUCCGCGCGCCCAGGACUGCCGCUCCGCCCCCUCAUUGGCCAGGAGCGCUCAGCCCUGCCCCCGCGUCGCAUCUGAAUGGCUGGCGGAGAAAGAAGGGCGGGCCGAGCCUGGCCUUUCCCGGCUUGUUAUUGGCUAACUCACUCAGGAGGGCGGGCACGGUGCGGAGGCUUCGCGUCGCCAUUGGCCAACGAUCGGUGGCUGAGCUCCCAUUGGCUGUCGCGGGUUAAGGGGCUCUGCCGGGCCGCGGCCCCCACCUCCUCCCCGGUGCAUCGCGGCGGCCUGAGAACCAGAUACCAACUGCUGCAGUCAGGAAGCCUGACAAGAAGUUGCUUUUCAGAGGAAAGGAGCUGUAGUGCUCUGCUGGCCUGUCAGCAGAUUUCUGACAACUCCAGACCCCGUUUGCCCUUGCAGCUGGGAUUUUGCUGUCCCAAACCAGCUCUCUGCUGUUUCCCGCAUUGAUACAAGGCGGUGCGUGGAUUGCAACUGCCAGCUACAUUGUUCAAGGGCGAGGACUCUUAUUAUUUCUUCUCCCCACCCCCCUCCCCGCUCCUGUAUAGCUGACGGUUAGAGCAAACACGCCGAGAUGUCUAAAAAGCAAAAUACAAAAGAUCCAUCUGGGUUUAUUUUUGAUGUGCAGUCCAAUACCGUGAUGGCCCAAGGAGGAACCUUUGAAAACAUGAAGGAGAAGAUCAACGCGGUGCGUGCGAUAGUCCCCAACAGGAGCAACAACGAGAUCGUCCUCGUGCUGCAGCAUUUUGACAACUGCGUGGACAAAACUGUGCAAGCCUUUAUGGAAGGCAAUGCCAGCGAAGUACUGAAAGAAUGGACUGUAACGGGCAAAAAAAAGAACAAGAAGAAGAAAACCAAACCGAAACCCCAAGCUGAAUCGAACCCUGGCCUCCCAGAGCCCGGUAAAUUGGUGUCCACUGAAGAAGAGCAAUCAGCCAACUCGGAGAAGGGUGGAAUUAACGGUUUCCAUGUCAACGGCUGUGCCCACGACACGGAGUCCGUGGACUCGCUCAGCGAAGGUUUGGAUGCGCUUUCGAUUGAUGCCAGAGAGCUGGAGGAUUGCGAGCCCGCUGCGCCAGACAUGCCUGAUAGAACAGCAGUGCCUGAACUAGAGAAUGGAAUAGCAGACUUUGACACAAAAUCGCUCAUCAUGCAUCCUUCCCAGAGCCCUUCGUCUCUCAGGCAGCGGCCUGAGCAGAGGAGCGCUAGCAGGUCUCUGUCCCGAUCCACAGCGAGCAAUUCGACUCCUGCCUCCCUCUCCGUAACGCGGCUGGAAGAUGUGCCCGUUUCGCCUGUGAGCAAGAAGCUGGGUUCUAAUAUUGAAAAAUCAGUGAAGGAUCUCCAGCGCUGCACCGUUUCGCUGGCUCGGUACCGGGUGGUGGUGAAGGAGGAGAUGGAUGCUUCCAUUAAGAAGAUGAAGCAAGCCUUUGCUGAACUGCAGAGUAGCCUUAUGGAUCGGGAGGUGGCUUUGCUGGCUGAAAUGGACAAAGUGAAAGCAGAAGCAAUGGAAAUUCUCGUCAGCCGCCAGAAGAAGGCAGAAGCCCUGAAGAAGCUGACUGACGUGGCGGUGCGAAUGUCGGAGGAACAGCUGGUUGAGCUCAGGGCUGACAUAAAGCACUUUGUGAGCGAACGGAAAUAUGAUGAGGACCUGGGCCGGGUGGCGCGGUUCACGUGCGACCUCGACGCGCUGAAGAAGAGCAUCGCCUCGUUCGGCCAAGUUUCCCACCCCAAGAACAGCUACUCCACCCGCUCGCGGUGCAGCUCCGUCACCAGCGCCUCCCUGAGCGGUCCCAGCGAGACCCCCGCUCCCUCUGCCCCCGCCUGUGCCUCUGCCUCCGCUGCGAGCCUUACCGCGGCCAAGAGACCCUCGGCGGAGGCGGCCGUGGGGAACGCCAGCAGCCGCCCCCCGCAAGCCCCCCAGAGAGGAAGGGGGGAUGGGGAUGUGACAUCAGGGGUCGAGGGCACCUGA